UGUUGAAUGUGAACGGAAAUUAUACUCCGAUCAGGAUGCCGAGUAGUUCUAUAGGGCGAAGGUCAUCUACAAAUCCCGUAAGGAUAACUACGUUAGAUAGGGAAGACAAUCCGAAAAGAAGUCUAAUGUCAAAAUCGAAGGCUUCUCUUUCUUCGGUUGAUAACUCUCACAUACCUAGGCCACGCGCGAGAGCAUCUUCAUGUGACAGAACAUUUGCCAGAGCAUCAAGUAUAAAAGCAACAGGUAAAACUCCUCUUCACCAUGGGCCAACAACUCCAAACACACCUUCAACAAGUGCUUCUAAACACUCUACUUAUUUUCCAGCUGGAAGUUCUAAUAGAAAUCAUAUAGCACUUCCAACAGGACGUAGGUCCUUAUCUGCUGAUCGUGCCAGUAGUCUUGGAGCAAAAGGUCCCAGAAAGGACACAAGACCAUUAACAGACAAAACAUAUCAAGCUCAAAUGCUUAAUAAAAUUGACAACUAUUUUAUUGCAAAUUAUUGUUCCUCAAUGCUUAACAGUAGUGGUAGCUUGAAGCCUUUGACAUUGAAAAUGUUUGUAGAAGUUUCUGCAUAUUUAGUAAAAAUGCUGGACAUUAAACAGGUUCUUACACCUGUUAACUAUAUAGAGGAGCUGCCAAAAAUUGCUAAGAAACUUCACUAUCCAGGAAUUAUUAACAAGUCUUGGUUGAAAACUGCUAAUGCUAUGCAUUCAUGGCCUAAUGUUUUGGGCUGGAUUUGCUGGUUGGUAGAAAUUUGUGAAAUAAAGGAAAUAGCUCUUCAAAAAUAUAAUCUAGAAAAUUUACCAUUCAUGGGAAAUGAAACUGAAGCUUACAUAAAUAAGAAAUCUUUUUUUGCUAUGAUUGAUUUUUACAAUGCAUGGAAUGAUGAGAAACUUGAUGAGGAAGCAAGAUUGGUUGAAAGAUAUUUACAAGAAAUUGAAGAACAACAAGGAGUUAGUGAAGAAGACUUGAAUAAUGCACAUACUGAAUUAGAAAAAGAACUGGUUAAAUUACAGAUAGUUGAAAAAAAUGCAAGCAACAUAGAUGAAGAAGUAAAAAACUUACAGGAAGUACUUUCAUCUUUGAAAAAGGAUGAAGAAAAACAAUUAAGUGAUAUUAAAGCAAAAGAAGAAUACAUAAAAACAAUGAAUUCUGAAACAGAUCAAAUACAUACUGAUUGCAAUGUGAUGUCUGAACAAAUUCGUUUACAAAAUAUACAGCAUGAUGAACUAAUUUUAGCCAUUAAGCAGCAACCAAUGUCCAAGGUAGAAAGGGAUAAAAUAUUGGAAAAAUGUACAGAAAUCCAGAAUUAUAUGCACCAAUUUGAUGAACAUUUACAAGAUAUACAAAAAGAACUAUACACUAUGGAUAUUAAAUUGGCAUCAAUUAAUAAUAAUUUAACUAAAGCAGUCCUAACAUAUAAUAAGGAAAUACUCAUGCAUCUGGGUGAUGACAUAGGUGUAGAUUUAAAGGAGUUAAAGAUGCCAGAAACAGGUAUAUUGCAGCCAAAAAUAAUGGAAGAAAUAAAUACUAAAGCUACUUUAAUGAAUGAUGUGAAAGAAUUGUUGAAAACACAACUUAUAGAGAAGGAACGUUCGUUAGAAUUAAAUUCUAAUGAAUUAGAGAAUCUUCAGGAGAGAAUUAAAAUUUUAGAAGAUGAAAGUAAUGAAAUUGCUAAUAGAAUUAAAGAAAAGAAAAACCUUAGGAGUAAAAUUAAAACUACUGCUAAAAGUGAAGAAGCAAAACUAAGGGAACAAAUAAAGAAUUUGCAAAAUGAUAUUCGAGAAAUUGAGGAUUCAAUGCCAAAAGAACAAGAACUUGCUGCAGAGAUACAAGAAGCAACAGACAAAUUAGACGCCGUUCGUAGAAGAAAAAUGUAUAUAGAAGAGUCCGCUAAGCUAUUUUUCGAUCAAUUUUACAAAAUUUUAGGGGAACACCGAAAUGAGCUUCAUAAUAUAUUAACCAAGCACCGUAAAUAA